UUGAAAUUAAAUUGAAAUGGAAUACCAUCCCACCAUCGCAACCCGCCAUUUUUUUCCACCACUUUCACUUUUGGGGCUCACAUCCACCGUCGGCGAACACCCAAUUUUUGAUUUCUUCUUUCACCUUCCGCCGGACGAUCCACUUCCGUCACCUUCUUCUUCGCCUCACUUCGCAUUUCCUCAUUGUCUCCGAGUUUGAUCACAAGGGCAUCGAUCCUAGGCAUCCGUGUGAAGUAUCGAGGAAGAAAACAUGCGAGAAGAUCAAGGCAAUUUAGGCGACGGUCUCAAAUUUGGUGGUAAAUGUCCUAAAAUGAAUUGGUUGGAACACUCAAAAGCACAUAAAGAUUUCUCAUGCCAAAAGAAGUUUCUAUGCUCGAAUUUUCUCUUCUCCUUACCAGAACAAAAGCCUUCUACUACAGGAGCAACGGACACUGGGAAUUUGGCCUGUCAGAUGCAGAAUCUUCAAAGAAUACAAAGAUCACAGAUUGAAAAGGCCUGGAAUGCUCUUUCAAAUUUCCAGAUUUCUUGUAGACACUAUGCCAAACUUGGAAACACUAGACAAGUUAAGGAUGUUUUUUCUGACCGUCCUGCUGAUAGCAGAAGAAUUACAUCAAAUAGUUUGUCUGAUGCCAAUGCUAGUUCUCAACAUAAGAAAGUACAUAGACAUUUUAGUGAAUACAAUGUUGAUACAACUAAACCUUCAAGUUUCCGAUCAAAUCUUUCUGCAUCAAGGAAUAUUAAAGUUAUGGAGGACCAAAAUGAUGUAGAUGGGAAUAAUAUGGCCAGACUGCGAACAAUCAAUCAUUCUCAUUUUCAGAGGGUGGGUGACUCAGUCAGUUUUGCAACUAACCAGAAAAAUAUAUGUCCCUCUUUUUUGGAGGAUGAGGAUGACGAGAUUAUAGAGAAUAUUGACGUGGACCAAAUUGUUGAACAAUACCAAUCACAAUCAGCCUGCACACCUCAACCUUCAGUUUCUAAGCUUCCACCAAUUACUCCAAUAUUUGAGAAAGAUAAUGUUGCCAAACAAGAGGAAUCCAAUUAUCCAGAUGAGUUGUGCACUAAUUGCAGUCAUGGUUUCAAGAUAGAACUAUGCCCAGAAGCUUCAAGCCAUUUGCAGGAGUUGAAAGAUAGGCUAAUCUCUAUAUCAAAUGACCUGCUUGAUAAUGUUAAUAACCUGAGCCCAGUGCAGAUCGAUAAGCUUCGGCAAGAAAGGGUACAUCUAAAUAAACAAAUUCAGCUACUAGAAAGACAUAUUUCUCUAGAUGCAGUUAAUGAGGAAAGGCGCAGGUCUCAUCUUUUCGCGACAACAGUUACUCCGAAGACUUUUCAUUUUGAAACACCUCAAGGAGCUGAAUUCAGGACCGAUGCAAAACUAAAUACUUCUUACAUUCACCAAGACCUUGAGCCUAGAAGGAUUGAGCCAUGGAAUUCAAUGGGUUCAUCCUAUGUAGAUGAAAGAUUUGGAAUGUCAUCUGGUCCGGUGGAGAGGGAACCAUACAUCCCCAAGGUGAUUGAUGUCAACUACAUUGAAGGUUCUAAUGACAAAAAGUGGAGCAGCCGGAAUUUUUCUUGGACAAAAGAGUUGGAGGCUAAUAACAAAAAAGUGUUCGGUAAUCACUCAUUUCGUCCAAAUCAAAGAGAGGUCAUUAAUGCUACAAUGAGUGGGUAUGACGUCUUUGUUUUAAUGCCAACUGGAGGGGGAAAGAGCCUAACCUACCAGCUCCCUGCUUUGAUAUGUCCCGGUGUAACAUUGGUGAUAUCUCCACUUGUGUCUCUUAUUCAAGAUCAGAUCAUGCAUCUAAUACAGGCAAACAUAUCGGCUGCUUACCUAAGUGCCAAUAUGGAGUGGAGUGAACAACAAGAAAUUUUUAGAGACUUGAGUUCUGAUUGCACCAAAUACAAGCUUCUGUAUGUCACACCAGAAAAAGUUGCUAAAAGCGAUUUUCUUUUGAGACAUUUGGAGAGUUUGAAUGCUCGUCACUUGCUUGCUAGAAUUGUUAUUGAUGAAGCACAUUGCGUCAGUCAGUGGGGGCAUGAUUUUCGACCAGAUUAUCAGGGCCUUGGUAUCUUGAAACAAAAGUUCCCUAAAAUUCCUGUAUUAGCUCUAACAGCUACUGCAACAGCUAGUGUAAAAGAGGAUGUUGUGCAAGCUCUUGGACUUAUUAACUGCAUAAUUUUCCGUCAAAGUUUCAAUCGGCCAAAUUUAUGGUACUCUGUGAUUCCAAAGACUAAGAAAUGCGUGGAUGAUAUUGAUAAAUUCAUCAAAGAAAACCACUUUGAUGAAUGUGGGAUUGUUUACUGUCUUUCAAGAAUGGACUGUGAAAAGGUUGCUGAAAGGUUACAGGAAUGUGGACAUAAAGCAGCCUUUUAUCAUGGUAGCAUGGAUCCUGCCCAACGCUCCUUCAUUCAGAAGCAAUGGAGCAAAGAUGAAAUUAAUAUAAUUUGCGCUACAGUGGCUUUUGGAAUGGGCAUCAACAAGCCAGAUGUUCGGUUUGUCAUUCACCAUUCUCUUCCAAAGUCAAUUGAAGGGUACCAUCAGGAGUGUGGCCGUGCAGGCAGAGAUGGUCUGCGUUCAUCCUGUGUGUUAUAUUAUAGUUACAGUGAUUAUAUACGAGUCAAGCAUAUGAUUAGCCAAGGAGCCACUGAGCAAAGUCCUCUCGUAUCUGGAUAUAAUCGUACCAAUCUGGGCAGCUCUGGAAGGAUACUAGAGACCAACACUGAGAAUCUUUUGCGAAUGGUGAGUUACUGUGAAAAUGAUGUAGAUUGCCGGCGUUUGCUGCAACUUGUCCAUUUUGGGGAGAAGUUUGAUCCUGGAAAUUGCAAGAAAACAUGUGAUAAUUGUUUGAAGUCCAUGAAUCUUAUAGAAAAGGAUGUCACUGAUAUUGCUAAGCAACUGGUUGACUUGGUGAGGUCCAUGGGGCAGCAAUUUUCAUCCGCUCACAUACUUGAAGUCUACAGGGGUUCCUUAAGCCAAUUUGUGAAAAAACACAGACAUGAAAAGUUGAGUCUGCAUGGUGCUGGAAAACAUCUUUUGAAAAGUGAUGCUUCUCGCAUAUUGCACUAUCUUGUUAUUGAGGAUAUCCUCGUGGAAGAAGUGAAGAAAAAUGAUAUUUAUGGAUCUGUUUCAUCCCUACUGAAGGUGAACGAAACCAAGGUUCAAAGUCUUUUAAAUGGAGGGCAGCGAAUUACAUUAAGGUUUCCAUCAAUUACAAAAACAAAUAAACUGAGCAAAUUUGAAAUGACUCCAGCUAAAGGUUCUUUGGUAUUUGGAAAAAUGUAUCCCAAUAUCGACACUCCUGCCCAGCCUCAAUCUGAAGUUGAUGUGCAACUCUCAGCAAAAUUAUAUUCCUCUUUGCGGAUGCUUCGAACUAAUCUCGUUAAAGAGGCUGCAGAUGGUGUUAUGGCGUAUCAUAUAUUUGGAAAUGCUACAUUGCAACAGAUAAGCCGAAGAGUUCCCAGAUCGAAAGAAGAAUUACUUGAUAUCAACGGCAUUGGCAAGGCUAAGGUAAGCAAGUACGGUGACCGUAUUUUGGAAACCAUAGAAUCAACCAUCAAUGAAUUCUAUGGAGCAGGGAAAAAUGGAAGCAACAGUAAUGACAGUAACGAUUCUGGAAAGAGAAGAAGAGGUGGAAAUAAAGAUAAAGAUGAAUAUUUAGAUGAAAAUGACGCCACUAAAAGCUUUGAUAGAUCAAAGAAAAGAGCAACAAAUAUUCAGAGCAUAGAUCCUAAAGUCCAUAAUUCUUCUAGGCCGGAACAUCCAGAUCAAUUCUUUGACAGUGAGCUGGAUUUCGAUGACAGUCAUUAUGAAAUUCGUGACUUGGAGCUAAACAAUAACCUGGAUCAUGGUAAUGAUGGAAGGGUGUUACCUUCAUGGUCAUAACAGAAAUUCUGGUUGGUAACUGUAUAGUUUUAGAUGAAAAAUUUAUCAUUGCUCAGGUUGUUUUGAAUGGUAUAUAACUGAAGGUGAAGCCAUCCUGGGGGAAGGUAAAGGGAGUUUUGAUUUAUACAAAUGGUGCUUGAAACUUGGAACAGAGCAAUCCAAUUGAAAUGGAAACCAAUCUUUCACUGCUACAAAUACAUUGAAAAAUGCAUGAAGCUUCAAUAGCAAGGUUGCAAGUUGAGAACCAAUGGCAAAAAAUCCACAUCUCAAUGUUGAAGAUGAAAGGAUUGGUGGUAAAAGUUCAAGAGAGCUUCAACAAAUGUCGCUGAGAUUGUGGAAUCACUUUCUAGGUGAUUGAUGCUAAUUAAUAUGUGUUAGAAUUAGUAUGGCCCAAAUGCUAAUGGUAAAUAUUGAUUCAAGGAUUAGUGUGUAAUUGUUAGUAUAUUUUUGAUUAAUAGAUGAAGAGCUGACUCUUCAAAAGAAUGUUUAAAAAGGUACACAUUUGACAUUCUGAAAAAAAAAAAUCUGAGUACAUCUUUUAUAUUUAUUAAAUCUCAUAUUUAUGUA